AUGUCGUCGACGACUGAGAUCAGCCUGCAGGACAACCCGACCGCGCCGGCAAUCCAGACAGAAGGCGCCCGGUAUCGUCCCAAACGAAGCCAAAUCUCCUCGUCUGAGGAUGCCCUCCUCGCGUCCGAGCAGGUCGACUCGACAGUCCCAGAUGGCGGCUACGGCUGGGUCAUCGUUGCGAGCGGCGCCGCCAUCCUAUGGUGGUCCGUCGGAACGACCUACGCCUGGGGCGUGAUCCAGGAAGCGCUGGUUGAAGAGGGCCUUUCGGGACCAGCCGUGCUGUCCUUUGUGGGCUCACUGGGCGCGGCGCUCGUAUCCGUCUUUGCAAUCUUCAAUGCCUGGCUGGUGCGCUUCGUGGGCGUCCGGGCGAUUGGCAUGGCUGGCAUUGGCUUCAUGGGCGGCAGCGAGAUCCUGAGCAGCUUCGCGACGAAGAAUAUCGGUGCACUGUUCUUUACGUCGGGUUUCUUGUAUGGGGUCGCCUCUGCUUUGUUGUAA